AGCGACACAACAGUAUAAGAACCGGAAACUGCGAUUCGAACAACAUCGAAGUCAAGAUGCUUCGAACCACCGCGAUUCUCGUCGCCCUCCUGGGACUCGCCUCUGCCAACUGGGACCUCUACAAGAAGGUUCACGGCAAGAGCUACGGCCACGAUGAAGAACACUUCAGACGUCAGCUGUUCUACAAGAGUGUAGCCAAAAUCAACGCUCACAACCUUCGCCACGAUCUCGGACUGACCACCUACCGCAUGGGACUGAACAAGUUCACCGAUAUGACCAGCGAGGAGUUCAGGAACUUCAAGGGUCUGAAAUUCGAUGCCACGAAGACCAAGCGCAAUGGAACGCGUUUCCAAAAGGAACUUCUCGGAGAGGCUCUCCCGACACAGGUCGAUUGGAGGGAGAAGGGAUACGUUACCCCCGUCAAGAAUCAAGGACAGUGCGGAUCCUGCUGGGCUUUCUCCACCACCGGUUCUCUCGAGGGUCAGCACUUCAAGGCCACCGGCAAGCUCGUCUCGCUUUCUGAACAGAAUCUCGUCGAUUGCUCGAGAGUCGAAGGAAACAACGGAUGCAAUGGUGGUCUGAUGGACAAUGGCUUCACCUACAUCCAGCAGAACGGAGGAAUCGACACCGAGGAAUCCUACCCCUACACCGGAAAGGACGGUGAUUGUGCGUUCAAUGAAAACUCCGUCGGUGCUCGGGUGAAGGGAUUCGUAGAUGUUCCCCAACGUGACGAGGCGGCUCUCCAGGCGGCUGUUGCGUCGGUUGGACCUGUGUCUGUUGCCAUCGAUGCUUCGAACGACAGCUUCCAGUACUACAAGGAAGGAGUCUACGAUGAGCCCUCGUGCUCCUUCUCCCAACUCGACCACGGUGUCUUGGUCGUCGGUUACGGUACCGAAAACGGUGUCGACUAUUGGCUCGUGAAGAACUCUUGGGGCCCCACUUGGGGACAGGAUGGGUACAUCAAGAUGAUGAGGAACAAGGAGAACCAGUGUGGAAUCGCCUCCAUGGCGUCCUACCCCACCGUCUAGAAAUCUCUCGAAAAUAAAGUCGAUCAGCUGAG